UCCUUUCUGCCCUACAGAGAAGAAGAGACUAACAGAGGGCUGAAAAUGCUCUUCUUUAGCUGCUAAAUCGUGUUUAUAACUGUAUAGAGCUAAUAUAUAUAUAUAUAUAUAUAUAUAUUUAACACAGCCAUGUCUAGAUAUCAUAAGGCAGCCAUUGAUGGUUAUUUGGAUCUGUUGAAGGAGGCCACUAGGAAAGACCUGAACACUCCGGAUGAGGAUGGAAUGACCCCGACUCUCUGGGCCGCUUAUCACGGCCGACUAGAGGCUCUGCAGCUCAUCUGCAGCAGAGGUGGAGAUCCCAACAAAAGUGACAUCUGGGGGAACACACCCUUACACCAUGCAGCCUCCAACGGUCAUAUGCAGAUACUGAGCUUCCUGGUUAACUUUGGUGCCAAUCUCUUCGCUCUGGAUAAUGAUUUCCACACUCCUAUGGAUGUUGCCGCAUCUCGGGAUCAGAUGAACUGCGUCCGCUUCCUAGAUGAUGCCGCUUCACAGCAGACAAUGCAGAACCCCAAACAUGUGGCAAAUGUGAAGAAACAAGCGGUCAGAGAUGCACAACGCAAGGUGAAGGAAUGUGAGAAGGUUAAAAAGAGGCACCAGAGUAAGAUGGACAAGAUGUACGGUGGCAGUGGAGACUCUGAAGCCAACGCAGGUUCUAACUCUAGCACAAGACCCAUGAACAACAUAAACCAGCUCACUUCGUCCACCAAAUUUGGUUCCAUCAAAGGAACUCUCCAGCGCAAGUUUGGAAAGAAGGACACCAUGUCGAAAAAAACAGAGAAUGGAACAGCAGAAAAGCCAGAAUUAGUAGAUGUCUUCAAUGAGCAGGAUGAAAAUGAAGAGGAUGAAUAUGGAAGUGAAGAAUUUAAAGAUGAGGAAGAAGAUGAUGAUGUAAAUCAGGCUAAAGAAUCCCUGUUUAAGAGGCCAGGCCUUGGAAACAUGGUCUUCCGAAAGAACUUCUCCAUGGAAAUGGGAGUCGAACCUGAAGAUGAAAUUCCUAUUGGUGACACAGAGGACCUGGGUUUCCUGGUCCGUAAGGAGGUGUUUGAAGCAGAGGAGGCAGGACUGGAUGACCAAUUCGAUGAGGAUUCACAGUUGCCUUGGAACCAGGAGGAGAUUGGAUUGGACGAGGAUGAGGAAACUUCACCCCUGCAUUCCUUCCUGACCUCUGUAAACCUACUAGACUUUGCCCCUGUGUUUAUCCGUGAGAAGUUAGAUCUGGAAGCCCUCAUGCUCUGCUCAGACGAUGAUCUAAAAAGCAUCCGAAUCCAGCUAGGGCCUCGCAAGAAGAUUCUGGAAGCAGCAGCUAGAAGGAAGGCUGCUCUGGAGAGCCCUGGUGUAAUGAAGGACACCUUCAUGUAACACCAUAUAUAUUCAAAUAUGCUGUAUAUUUCCACAGAUGCUCAGCUGUACAAUACUGUAAAGUGAAAUGUGAAGAAUUUAUGCUCUUCCCAAACAUUGCCUGUCACGUCAAUAAUUUUAGAACAUAAGACUAAAAAUUCUGAAAUGAUUGUCUAUAAUGCAUAACAGAAAUUCUUAUAAAUAAGAUUUUCCAUUAUAAAUUGCAAAUAAAGCUACCUUUUAUAAAAUAUUUUUAAACAUUAUGACUGUUUUUUGUCUGUAAUAGAAUGGAUAUAUUAUUGGUUACUUUAAGUUAUUCACAUAAAAAAAAGUCACAGAAUUAGCAUGCAAAAUUUUAUAAAAUCUCAGAUGAUCAUGCACAGCUGAAAUCUGGGCUUUUUUUGGGUAACUAUUGCACAUUAUUCACCAGAUAUCCAUGCUUGCAUAUGAGGCUCACAACUAAUUUGUGACUACCAGCACACUAAAAUACUACUCUGCAAGAAGCCUCUGUGUUUUCAGACUAAAGAAAAAUUGUAUACCCACAUAAAAGCAACACUAUAAUACAUUCGUAUACAUUGCUCAAGUGCACUUGAUACACCUACCUUGUUACUCUCAGGUGUACAGGCCAUCUUUUCCAUGCACGAUUUAUGUUAAUUAUCCUUUACUAUUUUAUGACCUGUUAACUUCAUAUUUUUGACUGAUGAACUAUUGUCAACCCAUCAGUCUAUAAAAAUCUCAGCAAUACUGCUCUGACUAAUAUAGCACUGGUCUUAUGGUAGUCCCUUUCCACAGAUUAAUGGCAUAGUUGUAUCUGAUGCUGGUAUUUGAACUUAUGGCCUUUUGAUCAGCCGUCCAACGCCUUAACCACUGAGUCACUACUGCUAUCUAUAUGAUAGGUGUACCUGAUAAAAUGCCCAAUGAGUGAAGGUACAACAUAGGCAACUAUAACAUAGUCAGGGGUAGAAAAAUACUGAUAAACUGUAUUUGAGUGAAAGCAUACAUAAUGAUUAAAUUAAUUUAAUGCCAUGUUUUCAUGUGAAAAGUAACUUUUUAUUACUUACCUAAAAGUGUUAUAACCAUGUGCACCAUUUCACUUAAAAACAUCUCUGUAAGUUUGCUAGUCAUAUUCAUGACUGUGUACUUGUAUAUGGCUGAAAUGACAAUAAACUCCACUUGACUUGA